AUGUCUGUCUUUCUUUCUUGUUUUUUUUUUUUUCUUUUCUUUUUUCUUUCUUUCUUUAUUUCUUUUAAUAUUUUGUUUAUACUUAAAAUAUCUCAUUUUUUUUUUCUACUUUUAAACCAGUCCUUUAGAUUUUUUAUUAUCAUAUUGAAAAAAAAAUUUUUCUUUUUUAUUUCUCCAUUUCUUUUUUCCUUUCUUUCUUUCUUUUUUCUUUUUGUUUAUUUUUAUUUAUCUUGCAUGUUUUUUUUUUUCUCUACUUCUAAAAAAGUCCUUCUGUUGCUAGAUAUCAUUAUGUCUUUUUCUUUCUUGCUUUUUUAUUUUUUCCUUCAAAUUUCUUUUUUUUUUUUUCUUUUCUUUAUUUCUUUUUUUACCUUGCUAUCUCAUUCCUUCUUUGCUUUUGUAUUUAUGUCUGUCUUUUUUUUUUUGCUUUCUUUAUUUUUUUUAUUUCUAAAUUUUUUUUUUCUUUCUUUCUUUAUUUUCUUUCUUUUUUUAUACUUCUAUCUCAUGUUUUUUUAUUAUAAAACCAGUCCUUCUGUUGCUUUUUUAUCAUAUGUUGUCUUUUUUUCUUGCUUUAUUUAUUUUUUUUCUUUCUUUCUUUUCUUUCUUUCUUUCUUUUUUUCUUUCUUUGUUUUUUUUUAUUUCUAUCUCAUGUUUUCUUUUUUUUUCAAAUUAAUUCCUUCUCCUUUUUUAUCAUAUUGCUGUCUUUUUUUCUUGCUUUUCUUUAUUUCUUUUUCUUUUUUUUUUCUUUCUUUCUUUCUUUCUUUCUUUAUUUUUCUUUGUUUUUUUUCCUAUCUCAUGUUUUCUUUUUUUAAUACUUCUAAACCAGUCCUUCUGUUUCUUUUUAUCAUAUUGCCCAUUUUUUUUCUUUCUUUAACCAUUUUCUUUCUUUAUUUCUUUCUUUCUUUUUUUUCUUUUCCUUUUUUUAUUCGACAAUGGUAUGAUAUUCUUCUUUCUUUCGUUGUUUCUUCCUUUUCUCUUUCUCAUUUUUACCCAUUUUUCUCCACUCUCUUGAUUUUGUCAUACGUUUCUUUCUUUUUUCUGCGUUAA